ACAUGUACCUAUUUGGUAAAAAAUUUAAUAAAAAACCCAAAAAUUGUUCAAGAGAAUUUAAUUUAAACUUUUGAGAUACUCACCAAUUAUACAAGAACAUACUUCCCCGAUGGAAUCCAUCCCCUUCCUCUCUUCCUUCUUCACUAUUUAACCCCUCCCUCCACAAUUCCAUCAUCACCCUCCUCUCUCUGUCUCUCUCUCUCUAACAUCCAAACUCUGAUGGACAUGGAGAGUAGCACACCAAAGCGCUCACGGCUCACUAGACUGAACACAUUCAUGGCAGAGAGCAGAGUCGGAAAGCACUUCAAGCUCGCCGACCGCAAAACCACCUUCACGACGGAGGUCCGCGCCGGCACCACCACCUUCCUCACCAUGGCCUACAUCCUCGCCGUCAACGCCUCCAUCCUCUCCGACUCCGGCGGCACCUGCUCCGUCUCCGACUGCAUCCCCCUUUGCUCCGAUCCCACCAUCUCGGCCGCCAACUGCUCCGCCGCCAACCACCGCCUCAUCAUCCCCGACGAGUCCUGCAAGUUCCCUCCGGUGAAUCCCGGCUACUCCGCCUGCGUAGGCCGAAUCCGCAAAGACCUCAUCGUCGCCACCGUCGCUUCCUCCCUCAUCGGGUGUGUAAUCAUGGGAACAUUGGCGAAUCUUCCUCUAGCUCUCGCACCUGGUAUGGGGAGCAAUGCUUACUUUGCUUACACUCUAGUGGGUUUUCAUGGCUCCGGCCAUAUCUCCUAUAAGGGAGCUCUCGCAGCCGUGUUUACCGAAGGGUUGAUCUUCCUCUUCAUUUCGUCAAUUGGGUUGCGAACAAAACUUGCUAAACUUAUUCCAAAACCAGUCCGAAUCUCCUCCUCCGCUGGAAUCGGACUCUUCCUCGCUUUCAUCGGUUUACAAAACAACCAAGGCAUUGGACUCAUCGCUUACAGCUCCUCCACACUGGUCUCACUCGGCGGUUGCCCCACCUCCUCUCGCGCAGCACUCGCCCCUGUUUUCACCAACGGCACCCUCAUCCCCGGUGCCGCCAUGUCCGGCGACAUACUCUGCCUCCACCACCGCAUGGAAAGCCCCACAUUAUGGCUCGGAGUAGUUGGCUUCGUCAUCAUCGCUUACUGUCUAGUCAAAAACAUCAAAGGCGCGAUGAUAUACGGCAUAAUUUUCGUCACCGCCGUGUCGUGGUUUCGCAACACCGCCGUGACCACAUUCCCAAACACCCCCGCCGGAGACUCCGCUUACGAGUACUUCAAAAGGGUGGUCGACAUUCACAAAAUCACAGACACAGCCGGAGCACUGAGCUUCAAAAGCAUUAAAAAAGGGUAUUUCUGGGAAGCUCUAAUCACAUUCCUCUACGUAGACAUUCUAGACACAACCGGUACUCUCUAUUCAAUGGCCAAAUUCGCGGGAUUCACAGACGAAAACGGCGAUUUCGAGGGCCAAUACUUCGCUUUCAUGUCAGACGCUUCAUCAAUCAUUGUGGGAUCGUUGUUAGGAACAUCGCCAGUGACGGCCUUCAUUGAAUCGUCAACGGGAAUAAGAGAAGGAGGGAGGACUGGUUUGACGAGCGUCACGGUGGCGGCGUAUUUCAUGUUGGCGUUUUUUUUUACGCCGUUGUUGGCUUCGAUUCCGCCGUGGGCGGUGGGGCCGCCGCUGAUACUGGUGGGGGUGAUGAUGAUGAGGGCGGUGGUGGAGAUCGAGUGGGACGAUAUGAGGGAGGCGAUACCGGCUUUCGUGACGAUGAUUUUGAUGCCAUUGACAUACUCGAUUGCUUAUGGUUUGAUUGCUGGGAUUGGGACUUAUGUCGUUCUGCAUCUUUGGGAUUGGGGGGAGGGGGUUUUCACCAAAUUUGGGGUUUUGAAGGGGCUCAAAAGUAAUAAUGAUGGGUUUAAUGGGUUCAAUAGUGAAGCUGCUGGUGGGGAUGCAACUACAAAAGCUCUCGAGGUUUAACGAAGAGUUGUAUUUAUUUUUUUUUUAAAAAAAGAUUCACUCAUUUUGGUUUGGAG